AUUUUUUAUUUUUAUUUUUGGUCUAAAUAUUUUCCACUACUUAGUCUUCAAGCCCCGGUCGACCUCAGUCUUAACCAAGUUUUUCACAACCAGAAAGAAUGGCUAAACUUGGCCUUUCCUUAGUGGUUCUCUUCCUCUUCCUUUACGUGUUUGGCAUGGCGGAAUCUGCCAUUGCCAGACACCCUACCUCUUCAGAUUUCGUCAAAUCAUCAUGCAGGGUCACUCACUAUCCUGCACUUUGCUUUCAGAGUCUCGCAGGCUAUGCCAAAGCAAUCCAACAAAGCGAGCGACAACUCGCUCAAACUGCUUUGACAGUGAGCCUAGCCAGGGUAAGAUCUUCUACAGCCUUUUUGGCCAAGUUGACUAAGGUUAGGGGGAUCAAGCCUAGAGAGUACAGAGCUGUAAAAGACUGCAUAGAAACCAUGAGUGAUAGCGUAGACCAGCUAAGUGAAUCGGUUAGGGAGCUUGGUCAUAUGGGUCGUGCCGUGGGUCAGGACUUUCUUUGGCAUGUGAGCAAUGUCCAGACUUGGGUUAGUUCUGCUCUGACCGAUGAAAAUACUUGUUUGGAUGGGUUUUCAGCGCGGUUUAUGGAUGGAAAUGUGAAGACAGCUAUAAGGAGAAGAGUUGUGAAUGUUGCUCAGGUCACUAGUAAUGCUCUUGCUUUGGUUAAUCGCUUUGCUUCCAAACACAGGGCUGAAAUGGCUGCUUCUCAAAAGCCGUAGCCUUCAGACUCGCUGAGAAUGGUUGGUCCGGUUAGAUGUAAACUUUUCCUAGAUUUAUGUAAGGUUCUGAGAAUCGCCUAGAUUUUGUUUUGAAUUUACCGUUUGCUGUGUAAAUAUAUAUGGUUUUCUCUUGAAGUAAGGUUUUUUGUUGGUUUGUUUUGUAUGGUAUUUGGUCUGUAUUCGUCUCCUCUUUUUCUUUGUCUUCUCGUAAUGAUAAUCGGCUCCAUUUUACUGA